AUGAAACAAUCCGAAAGUGUUCUUCUCGAGGUUGAGAAGAGAAAGCACUGCAAAAAUCCGUUUGAUGAUCGUUUUUUGAAAUUGGUAUUGUCUUCUUUUCAUUCUCACGACACCCUUGAGAAUACAGAAAAAGACAUGGAAGAAUCUAUUUACAACGCUUCCGUCCAUGUUAGCCUUCGUACUGAAUUAAUCAAAGAAAUGCUGAAACAGACAGCCAACGAGGUGGAUAAGCUCGUUAUUCAAACAGUAGAGUCUAGGAGAGAUCACUUAUCUGAAGGAUCUUCUGGUACGGCUGUAAUUUCUCGGGAACGCUUUCCAAAGUAUGAUCGUUCGAGAUAUUUAGCCUAUAGCUCUCAGAACGAAAAGAGUAUUAAGGAAUUUUCUGAAAUUGCAAUUACAGACGAAUAUACUUCAAAGAACACCUGUUUGAAGGAGCUUCCUUACUUUACUCCAACGUACUCCAACCAGUUUUAUGUUUUAAGCGAGUUAGCAUAUUAUAAUGACCACAAGGAAUCUAUCAACCAUUUGGUAGAAGCUGAAUGUUUGGAUUCGGUUUUUACUGGCUUCGAAAGUGUUCUUACAAUGAAUGAGGAAAAAAUUGAGCAUCUUUUUCGUCAGGAAGGCAUUGAAACUACCAUUUAUGAAGAUGUUGUACCUCCAGAAGACGAUGUUUGGGUGACUUCAUACCCAACAGAGGCAUGUAAUGAUGAAAAUGUGCUACUCGAAACAACAUGGGAAAAAGAAGAGGCUACGAACGAAAGUACCCUUUCUUCACAAGACUCUUCCAGACACCAAAAAGUGUCUUUCAUUCAGAAGGACUUUACCUACACUAGGGUGUUCAACUUGGACGCUGCAGUCGAACCACCGAGAGUCAAAGGAAAAGACAUGAAACUAAGAUUGAAGCAGUCCUACGAAGAUAACUUGCUAAUUCCUUUCUUUAACCGCCAACAGCCUUUUCCCUUAACAGAAAGCUCUCUGACUUCUUGGCAAGAUAUGAUGCACAAAGAAAUUUCAGAUCUUAAUUUCGGUGCCUCUCUCAUCUCUCCAGAGAUUGACAUUGUUAAAAUAUCUUCAUGUAUGGGUAACACAUUUUGUGAUUUCCUUUUUAACAAUGAUAUAUGUUAUGAACAUCCUUCAGUAGAUGCAAGAGAAGGUACUGACGAGUAUCUAUUUGGUGAAACUCCACAAACACAAAGCGAAACAAAGACUAUUAUUGAAAGGAUACUUGAAUCGCUGCACCAACGCAAAAACCAAAUUCCUAUGGUAAAAAUCUCGUCGUUGAUUCAGGAGCAACUUCGAACGACUACAACUGCAACCCUGACCGAGCUAAGAAAGAAGACCGGGUUAUGCAAUAUUGUUUCUAAACCACGAUUCUUCAUGGCUCUUCUACAUUUUGUUCACCACAACAACUCGAAAACAGAGAGCAUUUCGUUCGAAUUAUCUAAUUUUUCAAAAGGCUUGGGUGAAAUUCGAGUUGUGAAAAGUCAAAAUUAA